AUGAGGAGGCUAAUCUUCGGCUGUUUGAAAUAUGCAGCGCAGACCAAGACGACGCUCUCUGCGGAAGACAAAGCAAUGCUUGACAGCCUCAAAAAUGCGCACCCAACUCCUCGUGAAGAGGCUACCCGGGCUGUCAUUCUGACCACACCACGCUCCUUUCACGAUCAUAUUUUGAAGCCACUAGCAGUGUAUUGGGAUAAGACACCGGAGCGAGAACACGGUACUGCGGGGAAUAAUUACCAUAAAUGCAAUUGCAUCCCCCCAAAGAUUAGCCUCCUCAUAUCGGAGGAGCUCCUUCUCCGGCUCACUAAGGUUGCUGACCACCCGAUACGGCGACGCACGUAUGAAUGGUUCAGAGGCUCAGUAUCCGAUCAGCAGUUUGAGAUCCAGACCGACGGCCUUGUUAUCGACAUUCAAAUCCCACUCUUUGAUCCAGUGAGCCAAGAGUGA